AUGAAAAAACAAAAGUCCAAAGAUCCAAUAUAUAAAGUUGUCUCUCUAGGAGAACGCAGAGUUGGCAAGACAUCGAUAAUAACACGAUUCUUCUAUAAUACCUUCUCAGAAAAGUCUGAAGAAACUGUCUGUGGCUAUUGCAAGUAGAAGACCAUUUAAACAAAAAAUGGACCUAUUGAUUUGGCUGUCUGGGUAAGGUUCACAUUAAUUAAAUGCAGGACACAGCCGGUUAAGAGAGAUUUCAUAGUAUGCCACCCAUUUACUUUAAAAAUUCAGAUGCUGCGAUAAUAGUGUAUGAUAUUACAGUUAAGGGAACAUUGUAGAAGGUUCGCUAAUGGAUUCAGGAAUUAAAGUAAUUUUCAUAAAAUGACAAUGUUCUACCGGUUCUAGUGGGAAACAAAGACGAUAUGCACAUUCAAAGAGAUGUAGAAUAAUCAUGUAUUAUGUGUCAAUUAUAAAUACUAAUAGAGGUUGAUGAAUUAUGUAAUGAAUACCAGGUAAAGCAUUUUUUGGUUUCAGCUAAAUCUGGGAAGGGAAUAACAGAAAUCUUUUAAUAUAUUGCAGAUGGUAAAUUAACAAAUGACAAUUUAGAGUUGAUACAGUCUGCAAAAUAAACGAAUGAAAGGGGGUAUUUUUGGUAGGGAAACAAGAAAUAGGCAUAGAAUGAUGGGGGAGGAUAUUGCUGA